AUGGCCAACAUGCCUGGAUACGCCCCUGCCGGGUCAACAUACCUCCACUUCACAUCUCCUCAAUCAGCGCCCGCAACCACCUUCGACGAAAGGAAGCUUUCAAAUGCGAGUCCUUCCGCCAUCAGUGAUGAGUUCAACCUGGUCAUCACCCCCGAGUGGGCCAUCGAGGUGGAGCCAUCCGUAUAUGAUGAGAUUGCCCAAAAGUUAGUCAGGAAGCUGAAGGAGAGCGGAGACGUCGACAUUGAGGAGGUCGCCUUUCCUCCCACCAGAAAAGCCCACGUCAUCACUUGUGAGGCGGAUGUGGUGGCCAUCUUCAACGAGCGAAAGCGAGCGACAGAUGCCCUUCUUGUCGCUUCGGAUCUCGAUGGCAAUUCACGCUGGACUUCCGAGUUUCAGGUGUCGGCGUUUGGUAUCCAGAGGGCUGCCGUAAAGAAUACCGAGAAGAAUACCGAGAAGAAGGCCAAGGAGAAGGUCGAGAAGAAGCGGAAGGCCGACGAUGCCAAGGUUGAGGACAGUCCUCAACGUACCUCGAAGAAGCCGCAACGUGGCAAGAAGGCGGUCGUGCCAAAUAACAAUCCCUCAACUGUAGAGCCCGACGACAACUCGAACGAAGUCAAGGAGGGACGUACAACAAACCCCUGGGUAGUGGGAAGGCCCGACCAGGGCUAUUUCAUCCUUGGUCACAACGAGAAGAUCCCGUCUCUUCCGAUGGCUAAGCCUCGUGAAGCGUGUCGACUUUUCGCCGUUGUCGAAGCCAAGGAUGUCGGAAAGCUUUAUCGCUGGCACGAGGCGUUCAUGCGAUGGUCCAAGAGUCGAAAUACUGCCCCCGAAACUAGAGAUGACAGGCCGGGAACCCUCAGUUUCACCAUGUUCGACAGUCACACACGCAAAUCCAUGGCGAUGCUCCUGAAGCAGGCUGCAGCUUAUGCCCUCAUUUUCCGUACAAAGUACGUGAUCAUGACAGACCACGCAGCACUCAUGUUCCUUGUCUUUCGCGACAUGGAAGUUACAAGCGGUUCGACUCCUGCCGAUGUGUGGAGAAAGGGUGUUGGGGAGGCGGUUGAGGUGACAUUCAUCAGACCGCACGAUGAUGAGCCUUUUGAAGGUCCACUGGCUGGAUUUCUUGCGGAGGCACGACAGAAGACCCCGCUGGAUACUGUUACAGACUGA